AUGUAUCAUCGCCGUUCGACAAACCGGUCGCGCUCUUCAUUCUCAGCUUCGCGGACGGCAGCUCGCACUGCGUAUCACCGUGGUGACGAUGAUCUCACGCGCGCUAUGGGACGAAUGUCUGUCAGGGCGACAUCCAACAUCAGGAUCCCCCCUCUUUCUGCCUUUUCGUCUGGGGCCGUAGCUGUGGCUGGCAGCGCGGUCCGGGUUGGCGAAUGCAUUCCUCGAGCGGAAAGCAUCCCGACCAACUUCCGGACUCCCACGGCUUACCUCAAGGCGAUGCAAGCCCACACUCAGAAAGAGUUCGAAGCUUCGGCUCGCCAAGGCGUCAGCAACGCGGAUCGGCAGGGGGGUGGGUGGCUAUUGCUGACCUGUAGGCCAAACCCCCGUUGGCAAGACAGCUGUCUAAGCUACUACGUGCACGGCAAGUCCGAAAACGGAGGACUCGACACGCAAGACACCGAGGAGGACGGCCACAACUUCAAGCAAGAUCCCUGGUCUCGGCACCUGGUGGAGUUCGAAGACUCAAGCAUAGCCUUGGUUGUCGCCUGCGUAGAAGGUGUAACUGACAACCAGGCGUUUCUGGCGAUUGUACCCGGAGCUGACGGUAUUCCGGUCCUAUCGGAGCACUUGCAGACGCGCGUCCGUUCUCUCGGAUACGUCGGUUCAUUUCUCCGUGAAUAUGGAAGCGCGGCAGAGCUUUUGCGCCGUGAUGAGAGCGACAGCUUGCUCAACGCCGUGGCCGCACCCGGUCAGUGCACGUUGCCUUCAUCCUCGGGAGCGGGAACGUUUCUGCCGCGAGGCCAAGUUUUCGGAAACGAGGCUCGCCUCGGCCUGCACUCCAAGAACUUUACCAUGGCCGGUCGGAUGGCCAAUGACGCUGAACUCCUGUUUUGGCGUGAUGCACAAGCAACGUGGACCAAGCAUCUGAAGAAGGCGAAAGCGGUGUCGUGGAGGAGACUUCACCUCCCGAGCUUCCCAGGACUCCGCGCAAGGGGGGUUUUCGGAAACGAGGCUCGCCUCGGCCUGCACUCCAAGAACUUUACCAUGGCCGGUCGGAUGGCCAAUGACGCUGAACUCCUGUUUUGGCGUGAUGCACGAGCAACGUGGACCAAGCAUCUGGAGAAGGCGAAAGCGGUGUCGUGGAGGAGACUUCACCUCCCGAGCUUCCCCGGCAUCGCCCGACUCUUGGCUCUCGAGCAAGAGUCAUUGAGGUCGACCGGAACGGGCGAGAAACACGACAAGCUUCGGAGGAGUGGACGGACAGCGGGCAAGUGGGCGUUUGCUCUGACAUGCGUUCUCAAGGCCAACUUCUACAAGCGCCUUGAAAACGGUAGCCGCGCGCAGAGGCUCAUGCUCCGCCAGCUAAACGCCCUGGACAAGUGGGUUCGCCUUCUAUCCCAAGGCGCUUCUCGCGUGGCUAGCCUUUUGAUGAGGCUGGAGGGCCUGACGCGCUUCCGGAUUUUCACCGAGACACGUGUGCUCAUCUGCACCGUUGACAGCACGGAGCGCAUGGUAAGAACAAUGGAAGAGGGAACACGGGAGGCCGCGAUCGCGAUCGGGCAUGAGCUGGACGCGUCAUCGUGCCGGCUCACUCUGGACACAGCUAUCAUGGACGAGGCGGCAUGCGUUCUGGAAGCAGCUGUGCCCGUGCUACUUGCACUAGGAAUCAAGAACCUCACUCUUGUCGGUGACCACCGGCAGCUGCAGCCCUUCUCCCAAGUCCGCGAGAACGAAGCUGGUAAACACCACUCCAGGAGCCUGAUGGAGCGUGCUAUCGACAGCGGCAGGGCAAACCAGUUCCUCGACCUGCAAUACAGAAUGCACCCAACACUGUGCCAGGUGGUUUCCAGCACAUUUUACGACGGCAAGCUCAAGACUGCGGAGGAGCUCCGGCUUACGAGGAUGUCCCAUCAGCCAUGCAAGUGGGUUCACGUCAGCGGUGGCGAGACCAAGCACCAAGGACGGGGCUACUCCAACCACCUGGAGAUUCCCAAAGUGGUGGAAGAGGUCAGGGCUUCUAUACAACGAUACGGUACGGAGGCCGACAUCCGCGUCAAUACCUUCUACAACAUGCAGAAGCGUGAUCUCGAGCGGGAUUUCAAGCACCAGCCCGACAUGAAGCAUGUUCGCAUCGUAUCGGUACCACUCCUGUUUGCCAGGGCUUCAUAG